AUGUCAUUAGCACAAACACCGACCCAGAGAUCAAGGAAUGGUUGCCGAGAGUGCCGUAGGCGACAUAGGCGCUGUGACGAAGGCAAACCAUCCUGCAAGUACUGCCGCAGCGUGAGUAUAGCGUGUGAAUAUGCACGGGAACUCUCAUGGGGUGGUCGCCCUUUCAAGAAGUCCCGCUUUGGACUGUGUCUGAACAAGCAUUCGGCAGGGAUUUACAAAGCACACAGCCCAAAUGUCGAUUAUUCGACCGCUGGUGUGAAUCACAUCAGAUGUCAGGACCGAAGGUCUCUUGGAGACCAAUUUGUCUAUGCUUCCUCGCCUGCCAACCUGGAGAAGUCCGGUUUGCCGUAUCAACAAUACGAGCAGAUCCAACAGCAUGACGACUGCAUCACUCUAGGAUCUACCAGCCAUCGUCCACCAACCGGCUCUUUGGGUCUUGUCCAAGCACUCAAACAUAGCCUGCAACAUCGGCUCGAUACAUACCCAGAGCUCGACGCAUUCAAUCCUCGACAGAGCAUCUUAUUGGACUAUUUCCAACAUGCUACGUCCAAGUCAUUGUCCUGCCAUGAAGAGAUGCAGCAUGAUAUAUGCUCAGCGCUGGUCCCUAUGGCAAUGGCAAGCGAGCAAGUCAUGGCUGCCCUACUCUGCGUCGCCUUCAGCCAUAGGCUUUCUGUAGGUCUGGAGCGGACAGAGGCUGAUGUUUUCCGCUUCCAUGCCACAUCAGUCAAACUUCUCCAAGAUGGCAUGAGUGUCGGAUCAGGACAGCAAGGGCUGCUAGUGGCUCUGGCUACAAGCCUGGUCCUUUGCCUUAGCAACAUCGUGUCUUCAAGCUCUCAUAGACAAGACUGGAUUGUGCAUCUAAAGGGUGCUUCGGCUCUAGUGCAAAGGUUGGAAGAGUCUGGCUACGAGUUUGAGCAUUCCAAGCGAGUCUUGUUACGACUAUACACCUCGUUGACUACGAUCGCUGCUCUUCGUCAUACACCGGUCAACCAUGCAUUAUACAAUAUUUCCGAUCGCAACGAAACAGACGACUACAUCGAUGAUCUCGCAGGUUUCUCGAAGUCUUUGAAACCGAUAAUCGAGGCCGUGCAAGGUCAGGCAGCGUUACGAAAAGCAAUGAGCAAAGAUUCAACCGAGCUCAUCAUGCUUCAGGAGCAGCACCUGCACCACACAAGAAGAGAAAACCAAGAUCUAGUCCUCAAGCUGAACUCGAUGCUUGAAAGGCGAACACUUCAAUUUCUGCCUGAAAUAGCCGAGCGCCUUUCAGCAGCGACCAAGAGGGAUUUCUGGUUGCUCGACGAAGCCUACCACCAUAUGGUUCUAAUACAGCUCUACAAGCGUCUUGACAGUACCGCAACCUCACUUGAAUAUUCCAGGCAAUUCUCAGUACAACGUAUCAUCUCAUGCAUCGGCAGUAUGGACAUCAUGGCCAAACCCUGUCCUGGCGUAGCCACACUUCCUCCGCUAUUCGAAGCCGGCUGCGCAGCUACGUCGGCAAGUGAUAGGUGGGCACUCACGAAGCUGCUCUCACAUAUUCGGGCGUGCUUCGGUAUGGGGAACGUUGCAUGCACAGCAGAUUUCCUCAAGAAGCUAUGGAGCACAGAGGUACGAGGCACUGAGUUUGAUGGCAGCGAUUCUGACGAUAUUGACUUCUUGCCGUACUGA